UUUUUGUAAAAAAUUUAUUGGAAUAAAUAAGAGGGGGAAAAUUUACAAAAAUAAAGAAAGAUUAAUUUAAUUUGUGUUAAAAAAAAAUGUCUUAUACUUUAGAAGAUGAUCGUAACAAAAUUCCCCGUAUUAUGACAUUUCGUCCCAGUUAUGAAGAAUUCAAAGAUUUUUCGAGCUACAUUGAACACAUAGAAUCGAGAGGAGCACAUUUGGCAGGUUUAGUGAAAAUAAUACCACCCCCCGAAUGGCAGCCAAGGAAAUCGGGUUACGAUAUAGAUGAAAUAAAUAUGACAAUACCAGCACCAAUAUGUCAGGUCGUGUCAGGAAAACAAGGUGAAUACCAACAAAUUAAUGUCAUGAAACGUUCAAUGACUCUGCGCCAGUUCAAAGAGCUGGCCGAAUCAGAGCGCUAUCAAACGCCCAAACACUUUGACUACGAUGAUUUAGAACGGAAAUAUUGGAAAAAUGUGACCUACAUAGCGCCGUUGUAUGCAGCCGAUGUAAAAGGCUCCUUGAGUGACAGUGAUCUAGAUGUGUGGAAUAUUGAUAGACUGGAUACCAUUUUAAAUUAUGUAAAUAAAGAUUAUGGCAUAGAGAUAGAUGGCGUUAAUACGGCUUACCUUUACUUUGGCAUGUGGAAAAGUUCUUUUGCCUGGCAUACCGAAGAUAUGGAUCUCUACUCGAUUAAUUAUUUGCACUUUGGCGCUCCAAAAACCUGGUAUGCCAUACCACCCGCCUAUGGUCGUAGACUUGAAAAGCUAGCAAAUCGUAUUUUCUAUGAAAAUGAACAGAAUUGUAAUGCACAUUUGCGUCAUAAGAUGACCCUAAUAAGUCCACAUGUUUUGCGUCAAAAUAAAAUACCAUUUAAUCGUAUUACCCAAGAGGCGGGCGAAAUAAUGAUCACCUUUCCCUAUGGCUAUCAUGCUGGUUUUAAUCAUGGCUUUAAUGGCGCCGAGUCAACCAAUUUUGCUUCGAAACGUUGGAUUGAAUAUGGCAAGAGAGCUUCGAUUUGUCAUUGUCACAAGGAUAUGGUGAAAAUUUCAAUGGAAACUUUUGUGAAACGUUUUCAGCCGGAACGCUAUGAACACUGGCUGAAUGGUGUGGAUUAUGGUUGCCAUCCGGAAGAGCCUGAUAAAAUAUGUGCAGCUCCAGCGCCAACCAUUAAUAAAUAUACGUAUUUAAAAAGAAAAAUGUCCAAUGACUCGGAUUCAUCUCAGCAACAACCAGAAACAAGAGGCAAAUCUUCAGCUACAUGUCAUCAAAAACGUGGAUGUUCCUCUCUUGUAGUAAGAGAUGAAACAAUCAACAAUACGGAUCAGACUUCAAACUUACCCGCCAGCAGUACAUCCAGUACAACAAAUCAUUUAACAUUGAAAAAAAUACCAAAAAUAAAACUACACAAGAUUGAUAAUCAGAAUUCACAACAAAAACAUUUUGAUUUCAAUACAACUGCAGUGGUUAAGCUGAAACGUUUGUGGCAAGAUUUGCCCUGUCCGAAACAAGGCAAAAAUCUUCUUACCAAUGGUAUUAUAAAAAAUACUAAACGUAUGCGUUUUCAAACGAAAACCAUAAUCUUGGAUGAUGAAGACUGAAAGAAACUUUUUACAACAAAUAGAAAGAAAUCCUGUACAUCUUAUAAAUACCACAUAUUGUGUUUUUGUUAAUAUUUUUUGUUCUGUGAGAGGUAUUCCUAUUUUAUUUCAAACCCUGAGUCUUCUUUUCUAAGCCUAGGGAACAUAUGUAUACUAAUACCUCUAUUUUAUUUAACAUAUAAUUUUUUUUACUUAAACUUUGUUUUAUAAUUUUAAUGCUUUUCUUUUUUAUUGUUUUAACAUUUUGAAUACUUUCCUAUUAUGCCUAUCUAGAUCUCAUACAUAAACCACAAUCAUAAACCAAAUUUUUAGUUUAAUUUUAUUAAUAUAUAAACUUUAUUUUUAAAUAAAAAACUUUUUGAAAUUUGAAAA